AUGGAUUCAGCCUUUCACAAGGAACUCACAUGUGUCAUCUGCUUGAACUACUUUAUAGACCCGGUCACCAUAGACUGUGGGCACAGCUUCUGCAGGCCCUGCCUCUGCCUUUCCUGGGAAGAAUGCAAAACUCCUGCUUCUUGCCCCAUGUGCAGGGAAACAUCAGCGCAGACAGAGUUCAAAAGCAAUAUUGUUUUGAAGAAGUUAGUGGCCCUUGCCAGACAAGCCAGUCUCUCACAAUGCCUGAACUCUGAGGAACAGAUGUGUGUAGCACACAAGGAGACAAAGACCAUCUUCUGUGAAGAGACCAAGACCCUGCUUUGUUUGCUCUGCUCUGACUCUCAGGAGCACGAGGCUCACAGCCACUGUUCCAUAGGAUGCGCAGUUGAGGAAUACCGGGAGAAGCUCACAAAACAAAGGAAGUCUUUAUGGGAAAAUAUCCAAGAAAAUGAGAGAAAUCUCAAUGAGGAGGGCCGAGUAAUCAGCCAGUGGAUGGAUUAUAUAUAUCUACAGAGAAAGAUGAUCAGAGAUGAAUAUCAGAAGAUUCAUCCAGUUCUCCAGAAGGAAGAAAAUCAACAUUUAAGGGGACUGAAAAUUGAAAGCAAAAACAUUUUACAGCAACUCAAGAAAAGUAAAGCCACAAUGGUUCAAAAAAGAAAACACCUAAUAGAAAUGCAUGAGGAGCUGCUGGAUAUGUGCCAUAAACCAGACGUUGAACUGCUCCAGAACUUGGGAGACAUAUUGACAAGGAGUGAGUCCAUGUUGCUGUACAUGCCCCAGCCUGUGAAACCAGCACUCAGUGCACGGCCCAUCACUGGACUGAUAGACAGGUUCAGCCAAUUCCAAGUGGGAAUUACCUUAAAUUAUGAAAUAAGCAGUUACGAUAUCAUGCUGUUUGAUGACGUGAGAAGUUUGAAGUGCAGACAUGACCCUGAAGAUGUGCCUUUUCCUUCCGGAAGAUCUAGCUACUUUGCUGCAUGUGGAUCCCAGGCCUUUAGCUCUGGAAAACUCUACUGGGAGAUAGAUGUGGACAGUUCUUGGGACUGGGCUGUAGGAGUCUGUAAGGAUACUUGGAUAAGGAAGAACAGCCCAGUGAUCAAGUCUAGGGACAUAUUUCUUCUUUUAUGUGUGAAGGAGGGUAAUCAUUACAAUAUCUUGACCACCUCCCCAAUGCUUUCUCAUUACAUAGAAAGACCUCUGGAACGGGUUGGUGUGUAUGUCGAUUUUGACAGUGGCAGUGUAAGUUUUUCUAAUGUUGCCAAAAGUUCCCUUAUAUGGAGGUACCCAUCUUGCUCCUUUAAUUACCCACUUAGGCCCUUCUUUUGUAUUGGCCACACAGGAUCAUGGGGAAGUCAGGAAAAUGGGACCUCCAUAUCUGAAGGAUCCUUCCUCAAUUGA